AUGGCUCCACCACGCCAGAUUCAACCUCUGGUUCUGCCCUCCAAUGGCAAAAAAGCGGCAUUUGCUGAGGCCACCGUCCAGAAACUUUUCUUGAACGCCGUAAAAGUUGGCAUAAUUGUAGACGCCGACAGUGGCCCAACUGGCUGUGUGGCAGAACGGACUCCAGUAGGGAGAGUUCCUCCAUCACGCCCAAAAGAUGGCAAAAGAGGCGGAGGCUUACAACACCUGGCAAAGCGAGCCCUCCCCAACCAUUCACGAACAAGGGAAGAGGGAUAG